AUGUCCAGCGGCACCAAACGCGUCGAAUCAAAACCUACGGUGAACCGUCUUUCUGAUAGUCAGGCGGCAGGUGUCAAUGUCAACCCUAGCUUGUCGGCAUCCCAGCCCUCCGCAUUCAAAGCUGCGCAUAGCAAACCUAAUCCGGGAUCCACUGUGCAACCACCGAGGAAGCUUGCUGCACAUCCUGGGAAGCGGAGUAUCAGAGAGCAAUCACCAGCAGAUGAAAUCACUGUUAUCGACGAGAUGGCCAGCAUCACUCGGAGAGACUGCGCAAAAUCAAAUGCAACAUCUAUAAUUGGUGGAGCAAAUUUUAUUGAAUUAUCCGAUACAUCUGACUCCGAAGACUCGACCUGUGCAGACACAACCGCCGUUGCUGAGGAAGACGUGAAAAUUGCGAUUGGUCAUAAUGAUGGCCUGGAACCCGAAGAUUCUACCAUCAACCACGUACUCGGAAACGACGAUAGGGAACGUUUAUGGAAGUGUGCCAUGGAUGCAGACCUGAGAGGCGACCUCGCCGCCUCUGAGAUGUUUUGCCGACUGCUCAAAGUGCAAACGAAACCCGUCGAUGCAUCGGCCAAACCUAGUCCCUCUCAGCCUGUCAAACAUCGACCCCCGCCAGUGGCUACAGUCAAACAAGGUCACCGAAAAAGAUCAAGGACUAAAACCCCAGCCACUUCUUCAACGCUCCAAAAAAAAGAAGAGACAAUUGAACCAGAGAAAAAAGUGGACGAGGCCGUCGAGGAAGAAGGAAUAUUGUUUGUCACAGGGGCUGUAUCGGCACAUACGAGGCUGAAGGAACCUCCUCGAUCGACGGUCCCCGAUUUGUAUCCGGAGCUCAACGCAAGCCCUCGCCCAUACAGACCACCGCCGGCCGAUGUGACACGAGACGCGGAUUACCAUAGGUCCGCUCGAGGUGGAGUCGGAAUCGAUCGUGGCCGAGACAGGAGGAGCGAGCCGGCAUGGGAUCCAACUGCGAGGGGUCCCUCUUGGACCGAAACGUACUUGAUUACUCGUGACAGCAGAAGAUCGCCUAAAUACGUAUAUAACGCUCAGAACGAUCCGACUGGUACUGUAGAACGACAACCCUCCAGAUCUUUACGAUAG